AUGUCUACAACUCAAGAGGUUGGAUCAAGGGGAGAGCUCCACGAGCUGUACAUCCCACCGAGCGGGACUCCCAAACAGAUUGACAUCGUCGCCGUGCAUGGACUAAAUGGUGACUUUCGCAACACAUGGACACACAUUCCCCUGGCCGGCAAGGGGCCGCAGACCCUGUGGUUGCAAGAUCUUCUACCAGGGAAGCUCCCAAACGCCCACGUCAUGAGCUUCCAGUAUGAUUCGUCGACCCAUGGCAUGUCCCAACAGUCAGUGCGUGGAAACGCUGGCAAGUUGGUGCGGUUGCUACGGGAUAUCCGAGAAGAUUAUGAAGACGAGGACCGCCCGAUUGUCUUUAUCGGCCACAGCCUUGGCGGUAUUGUGAUCAAGCAGGCACUCAAACACGCCAAAGACUUCCACUUCACCGACAUCUCGACGCACACGCACGGCAUCGUCUUCUUCGGCACCCCGCACCGCGGCGCCGACGCCGCCGGCUGGGCGUCCACGCUGUCGGGCAUCCUGGCGACGGCCACGCACAAGCCGCCGUCCAAGUUUCUCGAGGCGCUCAAGAACGACUCGGUCGAGCUGCGAAAAAUCUCGGAGGAUUUCCGGCCGCUGUGUGGGGGGUUUAAUAUUGUGAGCUUUUAUGAGGAGCAUGCGCAUCGUGUGCUGGGGAGGGUGGUGGUAGACAAGUCUUCUGCCAUCAUGGGCCUGCCGAACGAGGACCCCAUGAUGCUGGGCGGCAGUCACUCGACCAUGUGCAAGUUUGGGGUGGGAGAUAAACGGUUUGAUCCGGUUUGGAGGGCUAUUCGGCGCGCUGCAAAGCCGCGUCAAGGUUGA